ACGCCGCCGAGGGGGGGCCAUUGGCAAGGUUCUCCUCUCGGGUGGUGCUGGCAGCCUUUGAGGAAGACAAGGAGGGUGUGAGCAUGGCAGAAGGGGACACCCUGAUAUCUGUGGAUUAUGAAAUUUUUGGGAAGGUGCAAGGGGUGUUUUUCCGCAAGUACACCCAGGCUGAGGGUAGAAAGCUGGGACUGGUUGGCUGGGUCCAGAACACUGGCCGGGGCACAGUGCAAGGACAAUUGCAAGGUCCCACAUCCAAAGUCCGCCCUAUGCAGGAAUGGCUUAAAACAAGAGGAAGUCCCAAAUCGCACAUCGACAGAGCAAACUUCAAGAAUGAGAAAGCCAUCCCCAAACUGGAUUACUCAGACUUCCAAAUUGUGAAGUAAUCGCCAUAAUGUACAUUUUCUGCGAUAGUCUCCAUGUUUGUUUUUUAUUAUUAAUUAGCAAUAUUAUAAUUUAAUAGUGUUCAAUAUUAGAAUUUGUGUUCAAUAUUAAAAUUUAUUUAUAAGUUAUCUUCGUAUUAGAUAUUUGAAUGCUAUUAUGUAUUACAUGUUUUGUGGAUUACAACCAGACAUCAUAAUCAAUAAAAGCAUAUAUCAAUACAUUAAA